AUGGUGCGGGCGGUGACCAAGGCAAUCAAUGCCUCUUGGACACGUGUGGACGAGAAGGCCGGAACCUCUUUGGCUUCGGACGUGUCCUGGUACAUCAAUGAGGUUGAUGACGGUGCCAACAACGAGACUGCGGAGACCUAUGGCCUGUUCGCAGCAGUCGAGGACCAAGAGAGAAGUCGAGCUGAAGGUUGGGUUCGUCAUGAAGACCCAUCAAUUCUAGCGGUCACCAGAAAGCGCUUUUCUGAAGAACCGCCGACAGGCAAGGCCCUAGAACAAAUCAAAGCCCAACUACUUCGAGUGCACAAGGCAUCUGGACAUGCCUCAUGGCAUUCGUUGGCUCGUCUCCUACAAGUUCGAAAGGCACCAUCCUGGGCAGUGAACUUAGCCAAGAACAUGCAGUGCCCUGACUGUCAAGAGGCCAAGAGACCGCAAUCAGCGCCUGUGGCAUCAUUGCAUGAGACCCCAACACUCUUUGAAGUGGUCGGGACAGACAUCUUUGAGUACGAGCACAAGGGCCGCAAGCACAAGUUCAUGAUGAUGAGAGACCGAGCAAGCGGUCUGCUGAUGGUCGAACACCUUCGAUCAUAUGGAGGAGAAGCUGAUGAGGAGAAGUCAUGGGAGCCCACGAGUGAAGUGAUUGUGAAGGUUCUUGCACGAUGGAUGAUGCACAAUCCAAGUCCAAAAUGGCUGCUGACAGAUUCUGGGACAUACUAUGCCAGCUGGUUCAUGGAUGAUUGGUUGGGUCGCAGCGGCAUUGGACAUCUCGUUGCACCUGCAGAAGCACAUCAUCUACUUGGACCGGAGGAGGGAUCCAUUGGCAUUAUGAAGAAUGCUGUCCACCGACUCAUGAAGGAGAUUCCCGACUUGGAGGUGGAUUUGGCUUUUGUCCUAGCAGCUCAUGGACACAACAUGACGGUGGGACCAUCCGGCUUUUCGCCCUUCCAAUGGACGAGAGGUGACACCCCAUCGAUGGAGCAAAUGGAGCAGGACGUCCAAGGAGCAGAAGUUCGUCGUGAACCAGCCAAUGUGGUGAAACCAGAUUCAUGGAAGACAGCCUACGAGGGCGACAAGAAGUGGCUUGUUCGAGUACACACCACACCACGGCUGACGCUCUUCGCCCCUGGCAGAAUGACUUCAAUGCCCCUCGGAAUGGAAGACCUGACUGGCCGGAGGAAGACAAAGAUCCGAGGACUUCAAGAAGAUGCUAAGGAGGUGGAAUUUGAAGACGACUUCAAGGAGGCUGAAUAUCCCACACGUUCCAUGCAGGAGCGAUGGACUGGGGAGACCUGGUUUGAGAUGACCUCCAAGAAGGAUGUGGUCUUUGCUCCAAGAACUCCAGCAUCAAAGAGUGCAGCACCUGGCACACCAGCAGCGGCCAAGUCUACGGCCGUGAAGAAGUCCAAGGCAACUCCCAAGGCAAGGAAGAGAAAGGCAGAAGGAGUUCAGGAAGGCUCAAAGAGAUCCCCUCCAUUAAGGGAGGAAGCUCCAGGCACACCUGGAGUGAGCCCGAUGACGACAGCCCUGGGAGAAGAUUCGGAGGAGGACAAGACCACGACCAAGUGUGGUCAUGAUGCAUGUGUUUUGCGAGGUGGACAUUCCGGACACCACGAAGAUGGCCAAGGACGGAAGUUCAUUGUGAAUUCAAAUGGAACUACAACGACCAUGGAGGAAUCCUCUUCUUCAUCCUCAAGUUCCACAUCCUCGUCGAGUUCCGAUGAGUUGAUCCCAGAAGAGAAGAUGCCGGUACUCUAUGGUACCACUGGGAAGUGGACGGCCCUACCAGAGGCCCAGCUGAGGAAGGAGAAUGUCGACAGUUCCGAAGUUUUCUAUGUGUUGGAGAUUCCCAUCGAGCCCUCUGACACCAAAUUUCUUUCAGCUCACCCUGACAAGGCGGUGACAGAAGCCGAAGAUGUCACCUUCAAGGUCCGUGCAAUGUGGUCAGAAAUGCACGGAGAGAAGUUGACCAAGCAGAACCUCUACGAGAAGGUUCGACAGGGCAUUGGAGGCCAGUCCUGGCGCAUCAUCCAUGAUGAGCAAUUUACAGCCGGACGCAAGCUCAAGAAGCGACAGCUUGAGCAGGCCGCCAAGGAAGCCGAAUCCCUGUUCAUCGAACAGCUGAAGAAGCUGGCAUUGGAACAGCGGUGGCCGUGGGACACGGAUGAGCCCAGAAGUGGCCAUGAUGAGGAUCUUCCCAGUGACGAGGAGCCCCACGAAAGCGCUGGUGCCGGCAGCCUGAAGAACGACGCCUUUUGCGACUACUACCGUCAGCAGCGCAUCGUGCCGGAGGAGCUUUGGCCCUUGGCCUACGAGGCAUUGAAGACGCCGCUGCCACUGGUGUUGCGGGCCACGGGCCAUGCCUUGGCCACCGGGGCUGAAGUGGCUUCCGACGAGGUUUUGGGUCAAGAGAAGCAUGACGCCAAACGGAUUGUUCUGCAGGCUGCAGGUGUGCAUAUCACAAAAAAUGCAAAAGCAUGGGGGUGA